UUCAACUCGCUUGUCACAUCUAUCACACGUGUUCUUGCAUAUCAGAGACAUCAUAGCAGCAGGGAGCUUGGCAAGCGAAUUUUUUUGAAGUCAGAAGAAAAUUCUUCCGCGGUAACCUCGUCACGACCAUAAAACAGAUCAGAACUCGAAGAGAUGCGUGGCGACGACAGAAUGCUGCUCUCCGAUCGAAGAACGGUACGAAACAAGAGAAUUCCGGCACCUCUACCUCAGAUUUUAAACCCCUUGGGGUUUGACAAUCCGAUCGGUGUAUGUCACCCUCAACUGGCGCGGCAUAACCAGAAUUAUGCAAAAUUGCUGGGGUCGAUGGACCAAGGAGCUGUCGCGAAGAAAGACCCAGUUAUGGAAAACGACUCCGACAGAAUCAAGCGUCCUAUGAACGCUUUCAUGGUUUGGGCUCAAGUGGAGAGAAGACGACUGGCGGAUGCAAACCCAGAGCUGCACAAUGCCGAGCUCAGUAAAAUUCUAGGACAAGCUUGGAGAUCGCUGAACGGAUCGCAGAAACGACCUUAUGUAGAAGAGGCCGAGCGUUUACGGCAACAGCAUAUUAAGGAUCAUCCUGACUACAAAUAUCGGCCCAGGCGAAGAAAACACCCCAAGAGAGUUUGCAAGAAAAUGACAUCUUCUACACCCCCGAAUUGCGCACUAAUACGCAAUCCUAAAGAAACGAAAGCCCAUGUCUCGCACUCUACUCCAGGUGCGGAGUGCGGACAACUCGCGGUAAACGCUUCAGAAGAAAAUUUAAUGAACUUUGGGCAGCCGUCUGCACCAAUUCCGUUUGCAAAUGGAGAUUUAAGGCUGACACAUCUCGGCGGCCCUUCUACCUUGCCAAAUUUGUCCGAGAUAAGCCUUCCCACACCAGAGGCGAGUCCCGGAUCUAACGACUUUGGUAGUGAGUUUAACUACCCAACUUGCUGGCAAGACCUACAAAGUGCUCUCACCAGUGUGCAGUUGAAAUCACAGCCCACCUCUCCACCGCCAUAUGUCGGUGUCUCUUCUUCAAAUUCAGCACCUGUGAGUCCAAUUUACCUCACAAACGAAGGUUUACAGGUACCGAGUUCUUUGCCGAUAAUGCCUGGUAGCGCAAACACUCAACUUCAACCCAAUGACACCAGUGCAAAUCAGAUCUUCUACUUCGCUCAACAUAUCACGGAGCUGUUACCCGAAGGAGACUUCAACAGGGAGGAAUUCGAUCAGUACCUAGACGGUACAGAAACAGCAAAUAUUAUGUGUGAUAUGGCCUGGUGAGGGAACACUAUCGACUCAGAAAUCUAUGCAGACUUUUGAAUGUAAAAAUUCCAUUACGCAAGGACUUGGUGCCGAAAUGUUUUUGUAAAUAUCUUUAGGGUGAUAGCUUUUCAGCCGUCACGUUCGAUGCCAGUGAACACUUUAUUUUAUCAUUUCGGUAUUGUUUUGUCUUACUUUCGAGCGCAAUGCGUAGAUAUGGAAUUAUUUUUCAAUGUACAGUUUACAUAAGGGGUCAAAUACAAGUGAUUUACGCAGUUGAAGACUGAAAAGCCCACAAGGGGCCGAUCGAGGUACAAAGUACGUCUCCUAGGUUCUUGAAUUUAUACGCGAUACAUGCAAUCUACCGUAGUUUAUAUUUGGAUGUACAAUUUCGGGUUGCUUUUAAAAUAAAGAUUUGCUAAUGAGCUUUA